AUGGAAUUGAGAAAACAACAACAAGUCACUGAAGAGAAGGAUCGAGUGAAACAAUUAAUGAAACAAUUCAUGAAACAUUCUGAAGAGCAAGAAGAGGAUGAGGAUGAUCCACAACAAGAGAAUGUCAGUCAUGAGGAAAAUGACCACCACCACCACCACCACCACCACUCUUUGGAAAAAUCAUCAUUGAAACAAGAAGAAACAACUUUGAAUGAUGACGAUGAUUCAGACAUGAUACCAUUGUAUCCAGAGAGGAAUGAAGAAGAGAUCAACAACGAUGAUGAUGAGGAACAACAACAGCCAAUAACAGUGUCCAAUGUGGAUCAACAAGAGGAUGUAGAAGGGGAGGAUCAGAAUGAUGACUAUGAAGAAGAAGACGAUGAUGAUGACCUUAUUGAUGACCCAGUACUACUACUAAUAGACGACGAAGACUCCAUUGUUGAUCCAUUUGCUUAA